GUCUCCUUCAAUCUGCUGUUAGUAACUAACACACACUCACUCACACCGAGACUCAAUUACUGCCCAAUUCCCUUCUUUAUCAUCUCCUGCUACCGGCCUCCCACAACAACGCGAAAUCGAGAAGGAAAAGAAACAUAACUUGAAAUAAUACUUGAAACUAAGUCGAAAAGGGAAAUACAUAGCAUAGAAGUGUCUAAACUGAGUUUAGAAUGUGUUAAAACAACGACACGGGAGUCAGUGGAAGUUUGCAGAGCAGUGAUGUCACAGAGCUGAAUACUCUCUUGAACGAUAUGGAGUCUGGAGAGCGGCUGGUCUCCCCGUCGUCUGCUUCCUCCUCCUCCGCCGCCCCCUCCUCCCCCGCCCCGUCCUCCAAGAGCGGCCUCACACCCGGCCCCACCACCCUGGGGUCCACUCUCACCACCUGUGGACAUCUGUUCCGGGCGGGCAGCGACCAGACCUUCAACCUGUCCACGGUCUCCAGCGCCUUCCCCAUGCUCAGCCACCCGGCGUUCGGUCUGUACACCACCAGCUCGGGCCGGUCCGAGUUCGGGGGCCUGGGGACGCUCGGCGUGAGCGCGGCCUUGGCGGCGCACCCCCAGCUGGGCGCUUUUCCAGAGUGGUGGCGAAGCUCUGAGACCCACGGACACGGCUCCGCCCCCUUCUUCCCCCCGCUCCUGGGCCUGCCCCCCAUGUUCGCCCCCCAGGUGCAGAACCACGAGCCCGGCCCCUUCCAGUCCCGAACUCCCAGCACCAACGGCCGAAGCAGCAGCAGCAAGGGGGUGAACGGAGCAGUGAACGGGGGCGGCAUCCUGGCGUCCUCCAGGGGGAGCUCCACCCCCGCCGGUACCCCCACCCCGGCUCCGGCGCUCUCCGAGCGGAUGAAGACCCCGAAUUCGGCCGGCAGGGUCCAGAAGGGCAGCUCGGACGGCGGCCAGGCGCGGGAGAAACACGGCCACAAAACGAAAGACAAGAAGCUGAGCAAGAAGGGGGCGGAGAGCUCCAGCAACAGCGACAGCGAAUCGGCUUCCUCCUCGGGCACCUCGAGCGAGGGUGUGAGCAGCAGCGACUCGGAGGACCUGGGAGACGACGACGAGGACGACGACGAAGAGGAUGAUGAUCAGAGCAACGACAGUGAAGACUCGGACUCAGAAAAGGAAGCGCGGGAGAAGAGGAAGAUGAAGGUGCUGAGGCGGAGCCCCAGCGAGGGCAAGAAAGAGGGGCCCCGGUCCGUGGAGGAGGAGCCGCAGGACCGGAAGGGCAACCAGCCCCGCGUCUUCCCCGCCGAAGCUCCUCCGUCCGCCCACCUCCCCCCGCAGCCCGCCCCGCUGCUCUUCCCCGGCUCCAAGGCCCAGGAGGAGAGCGCUCGGCAGCACCACCAGAGCGUCAUCCAGGCCAUCGGGCUGGCGGCCAGCUCCAAGCCCCUGGCCCUGGUCACCCAGCCGCGCAGGGAGGCCCCGCCCAACUGCCACGCCCCCGCGCCCAUGCCCCUCUCGCUCGCCCUCUCGCCCUCGCCCAAGCGCGCCGCCCCCUCCCCCGAGAGCGUGCGGACGGGCGGCCGCCACCCGCUGCAGGAGCCCCUCUCUCACAUCGCCGAUUUCAGACUGAAGCCUCCUUUUCUUUCCCCGGAGCUGAAGAAACAGCAGGAACUCUUCAAGUCCCAGAAAACGGGGGCGACGUCGCGCCUGUCCCCUCCCAAACCGCCGCUCGGCGGUCACAAGCUAGCGCCCCUGGCGGACAAGCACUCCAACCUCUUCCUGUCCAACGCCCUCCUGGGGCAGCACCGCAACGGGGUCAUCCAGACCGCCGUCCAGGAGGCCCCGCUGGCCCUCAUCACCAAGCCCCGGGGCCAGGCCGGGGGCCCCGACAGGCCCCUCCCCCCGGCCCCGGCCCCCGGCGCCGGCUUCCCCUCGCCGGUCAACCUGAGCACGGGGGCCAAGGCCCCGCCCCCUCCGGCCGUCGUCUCCGUGGUGCGGGCACGGCCGUCUACCUCACCGGGGCGGGGCGGGAGCCCCGGGGCCCCGCCCAACGCCGCUGCCGCCGCCGUCGCCAUGGCGAGGGCGCUGUCCCAGAGUCACCUGGCGCAGUCGCUGGUGGAGAUGUUCCGCGCGGCCGAGUCCGACAUCCCCAGCAGCAAAGACUCGGAUGACUCUGCCGAGGACGAGGAGGAGGAGGAGGAAGAGGAGGAGGAGGAAGACUCGGACGAGGACUCGGACGACAGCCCAUCAGAGUCGGAAAGCAACCUGGAGAGCAACUCGGACGGGUCCGAGGAGGACGCGAAGGACUGCGGCGCCAUGGAGACGGACGCCCAGGGGGAAGACGCGCCCCUCAAACUGGUCAAGACCCCCUCCUCGAGCCGCUCGGCCGACUGCUCCCCUCUCAACCUCAUCAAAACCCCCAGCUCGGCUGCCCCCCCGGGGGUCGGCACGGGCGCUGCGGCCUAUCACAGCGCCCCCUCCUCGUCUUUCUCUCUCGCCACGCCUCCAGGGCACGGGAAACGGCGGAGGGUGACGGACGAGCGGGAGCUGAGGAUUCCACUGGAACUGGGGUGGCAGAGGGAGACGCGCAUCCGGACCCUGAACGGGCGCGUGCAGGGCGACGUGUCCUACUACGCCCCCUGCGGGAAGAAGCUGCGCCAGUACCCGGACAUAGUCAAGUAUCUAUCCAGAAAUGGAGUAAGUGACAUCACGCGCGAUAAUUUUAGCUUCAGUGCAAAAAUCAGGGUUGGUGACUUCUAUGAAGCCAGAGAUGGAUCGCAGCAGGGGCUGCAGUGGAGCCUGCUGAAGGGGGAGGACGUCCUCCCCCGCAUCCUGGCCAUGGAGGGGCGGAGGGGGGGGCGCCCCUCCGCCUCCGAGCGGCAGCAGCAGCAGCAGCCGGGAGACGGCCCCCGCUCCCGGCGCAGGAAGGGCCGGCCCCCCAACGUGGGCGAGGCCGACGCCCCCGGCGCCAACAGCGCCAAGCUCCUCCGCAAGCUGGAGGCCCAAGAAAUCGCCAGGCAGGCAGCUCAGAUCAAACUGAUGCGGAAGCUGGAGAAGCAGGCGCUGGCGCGAGCAGCCAAAGAGGCCCGGAAGCAGCAAGCAAUCAUGGCUGCCGAGGAGAAGAGGAAGCAAAAAGAACAAAUCAAGAUUCUGAAACAACAGGAGAAGAUCAAACGAAUUCAGCAAAUCCGAAUGGAGAAGGAGCUUCGGGCCCAGCAGAUUCUGGAGGCGAAAAGGAAAAAGAAGGAAGAAGCAGCAAAUGCCAAAAUUUUGGAGGCUGAGAAACGAACAAAGGAGAAGGAGUUGCGGAGGCAGCAAGCUGUCAUGUUAAAGCAUCAGGAGUUGGAGAGGCAUAGACUAGAUAUGGUAUGGGAGCGCGAGAGACGAAGGCAGCACAUGAUGCUGAUGAAGGCGAUGGAGGCUCGGAAGAAGGCCGAGGAGAAGGAGCGCUUGAAACAGGAAAAGAGGGAUGAAAAACGACUGAACAAGGAGAGGAAGCUGGAGCUGAGGAGGCUGGAGCUGGAGAUCGCCAAGGAGCUGAAGAAGCCGAACGAAGACAUGUGCCUCGCCGACCACAAGCCCCUCCCGGAGCUGUCCCGGAUGGCGGGCCUGGUCUUGCCGGGCAGCGCGUUUUCGGACUGCCUGAUGCUGCUGCAGUUCCUGCGGAGCUUCGGGAAGGUGCUGGGCCUGGACGUGGGCGCGGACGUGCCCACGCUGGGCGCCCUGCAGGAGGGCCUGCUGAACGCGGGCGAGAGCGUGGGCGAGGUGCAGGACCUGCUGGUGCGCAUGCUGUCCGCCGCCGUCUGCGACCCGGGCAUCCCGCCGGGGCACAGGACCAAGACGGCCCUGGGGGACCACCUGACCAACGUGGGCAUAAACCGGGACAACGUGUCGGAGAUCCUGCAGAUCUACAUGGAGGCGCACUGCGGGCGCACGGAGCUGGCCGCGGUGGCCGAGAGCCUGAGGACCAAGGCCUUCCAGGCCCACACGCCCGCGCAGAAGGCCUCCAUGCUCGCCUUCCUGGUCAACGAGCUGGCCUGCAGCAAGAGCGUGGUCAGCGAGAUUGACAAAAACAUCGACCACAUGACCAAUCUCAGGAGGGACAAGUGGGUCAUCGAAGGCAAGCUUCGCAAGCUGAGGAGCAUCCACGCCAAGAAGACGGGGAAGCGGGAUUCGGGCGUGGGGGGCGAGGAGACCCCGGCGCUGGGCACGCCCGCGUCUGGACGCAAGCGCAAGCGGAAAGCGGGGGACAGCGACGAGGACGAGGACGAAGACGAGGACAGCGACGACCAGGGCGAGGAGGACGACGACGAGGAAGAGGAGGGGAAGAAAGGGAAGAAGGCGGAAACGUGCGAGGAGGAGGACGAGGGGGACCAGACAGCCAGUGUCGAAGAGCUGGAGAAGCAGAUUGACAAAUUAACCAAGCAACAGAACCAGAUCCGGCGCAAGCUGUUCGAGGCGUCCCAUUCGCUGCGCUCCAUGAUGUUCGGGCAGGACCGCUACAAGCGGCGCUACUGGGUGCUGCCGCAGUGCGGCGGGGUCUUCGUGGAGGGGAUGGAGAGCGGAGAGGGUCCAGAGGAGGUAGAGAAAGAGAGGGAGAGGCUGAGGCGGGCGGAGGAGCUCCAGAUCAAAGAGGAGCCUCCCGAGGUGGUGGAGGAGAAGCCGCUGGAGGCCGGCCUGGAGCUGAGCUUCGAGGGGGAGACCCCGGAGGGGGGGAAGGAGGAGGAGGCCUCCCCGAACCUGUUCCUCCAGAAGCCCGACUCCUUCUCCAAGCUCAGCCAGCUCCUGGAGGUGGCCAAGCUGUCCCCGGAGUCCGAGGAGCUCGGGCAGAAGGAGGACGGCAGCCCCCGGGCGCCCCCGACAACGGCCUCCUCCUCCCCCUCCGGCGCGGCUCUCCAGGCGGGGCUCCCCGGCACCCCCCCGCCGGGCCCCGCCCAGCCCUGCGCCGAGGCCAAGCCCGACCCCGCCCCCUCCCCCUCCCACCUGAGCAGCCCGGCCAAGCGGGGCAGCCCCCACCCGCUGCUGCCCAACGACCAGCUCCUGCGCGUGCUGACGGAGAAGAGCGGCCACUGGUUCAGCCUGCUGCCGCGCUCGCCCUGCGACGACGCCUCCCUCACCAGCGGCCCCGCCCCCCGGCCCGCCUCGCCCCGCCCCUGCUCCUCCUCCUCGCCCGCCCCCCCGCCGGCCUCCGGCUCGCCCGGCCCCCACGGCGCCGCGGGGAUGGGCAGCUUCGCGUUCUCCGCCGUGCAGGUGAAGCCGGGCGUGCACCUGAUGGGCAUCCCGUUCUGCGGGUGGCCCGGGGGCAUGGUGAGCCCCAACCUGCCCUUCUCCAGCAGCCCUCUGCCCUCCAUGCUGGGCGGGGGGUACCCCCUGCUGGAGGGCAACGCCAGCCCCUUCCUGGCGCCCAGCGUCUCCACUAGCAAGAGCGACUCGCCGGCGCCCUCUAGCGAGAAGCCCCCGUCCGCCCCGUCCCCGGUGCUGGAGGUGGCCAAGCCGCAGGACUACCCCGACCCCCGGCCCAUUCCAGAGGAGAUGCUGACGGGCUGGUGGAAGGUAUCAGACAUGGAGGAGCUGCGCUCCCUGGUGAAGGCUCUGCACUGCCGCGGCGUGCGGGAGAAGGCCCUGCAGAAACAGAUGCAGAAGUACAUAGAGUACAUCGCCCAGGCCAGCGCCAGGAACAGAGACGUUUCGGCCAUCGACCCGAGCGAGGCGGAGGAGAACCAGGUGACGGAGGAGACGGUGGCGGGCUGGUGCGUGGAGGAGCAGGCCAUGGAGAUGGACAUCGCCGUGCUCCAGCAGGUGGAGGAGCUGGAGAGGAAGGUCACCUCCGCCAGUCUGCAGGUCAAGGGAUGGAUUUACCCCGAGCCUCACUCGGAGAGGGAGGACCUGGUGUACCACGAGCACAAGCCCUCCUCCGAGCCGCGUCCGGCAGGGGGGGACAGGGAGGCCGGGGAGGGCCGGGAAGAGAAAGACGGCGGCGGCGGCGGCGGCGGCCGUAGCGUUGGCGGCCAUGCCGGCGGGAUCGUACGACGCGUCAACAACCCCCUAGAUAUAGCAGUAACCAGACUGGCUGAGUUGGAGAGGAACAUCGAGCGAAGGUAUCUGAAGACCCCCUUAGGUACCACCAUUCAGAUCAGACUGGAUAAUGUGGGUACAGUCACAGCUCCUGCACCAUGCAGCAGUGCUGAUGGUGAAGGGGGUGAGGAAGACCUGGCUCCGGGGAUGAAGGUGUGGCGCAGGGCGCUGGGCGAGGUGCGCAGCGGUGCCCAGCUGGCCCUGUGCAUCCAGCAGCUGCAGAAGUCCAUCGCCUGGGAGAGGUCCAUCAUGAAAGUGUACUGCCAGGUUUGCCGGAAAGGAGACAACGAGGAGCUGCUCCUGCUUUGCGACGGCUGCGACAAAGGCUGUCACACAUACUGCCAAAGACCCAAGAUCAGCACCAUACCGGAGGGGGACUGGUUCUGCCCUGCCUGCAUAUCCAAGGCAAGUGCCCAGUCCCCAAAGAACAAAAAGCUUCCUAGCCGGUCUGGAGGAGGGGGUGGAGGUGGAGGAGGAGGAGGUGGAGGUGGUGGGGAGGAGGAGGAGGAGGAGGAGGAGGGGGAACAGGGGGAGGAGGGUGGUGGAGGAGGAGGAGGAGGAGGAGGAGGGGGGAAGAAGAGCGCGGACGUCAAGCGCAACAGGAAGCUGUCGGCGGCCGGUGAGGUCUCGGAAGACGACGCCGCGAGCGCGAGCAGCACUCCAAAAAAAGGGGCCAAAGAGGCCAAAAAGAGGAAAGGGGAGGAGGCGCCCGCGGCCAGCCAGCCAAAACAGGACAGCCCUGCCAGCGCCAAGAAAGCCAAAACCGCCAGAGACACCGCCAAGGACCUGGCAGCCUGCAGUGUCCUGCUCUCCGAGAUGGAGGGACACCAAGAUGCCUGGCCCUUCCUCACCCCCGUUAACCUGAAGUCUGUUCCCGGCUACAAGAAAGUCAUAAAGAAGCCCAUGGACUUCUCCACUAUCCGCGAGAAGCUCGGCAGCAGCCAGUACCAAAAUCUUGAGACGUUCAUAGCCGAUGUCAACUUGGUUUUCGAUAACUGUGAAAAGUUUAAUGAAGAUGACUCCGAUAUCGGACAAGCUGGGCACGGCAUGAGGAAGUUUUUCGAACGAAGACAAACCGAACUCUUUAAGACGAACUAGGCUUGUUUGGACUUUACCUUCACCGUCUGGGACCAGCUGUCUCCAUAUUUCCAUAUCCAGAGAUGAGGGUUCGCGCACCGUACCGAGCAAAACCGCUAAAGCAAGUGACUCGCCUCUCACUCUCAAUACCCAGGGCUCCUAAAAGUAAUCGUUACCUAAACUGAUUUACAACGCUGGUUUGGCUAGAACAGGAAACACUCACCCAAAGAGACAGGGGGUGUCUUAGUGCAAUACCAUUUCCUUUAAAGAACCCGCACUGAACUUACCACCAUCAGAGCUGUAAUCAGGAAAGAAUUCUUUCCAGUACCUGUAAAUAUAUAUUCAUUUUGUUUUUGUUUUUUAUUAAUUAUUUUUAUUUACUUUAUUGUUAAUAUUAUAGUGAAUGUAUUUAAUUUGUUAAUUAUUUAUGAGUGAAAAAGGUCCAGUCUUCAUUUUCUAUGAAAAGGAAGAAACAGCAAAAACUGCUUUAAAAAUCUAAAGGAAUGUUUUUCAAAUAUAAAACAAAGCCAAGAAAAAAAAAUGAUACUGUUUACACUGUCGGUGCCUCCAGGCACUAGAAGAUUCAUUACGGUGACACUGUAAAGCUGCACUUAUAUAUGAAUUUGUUUUUGCAUCACUUGCAAAACACAGCGAGGCAGCGUACACAUCUGUAUAUACUGUUCAUUAAUGUUAAUAUUAAGUCUCGUUUGGAAUAUGUAUGAUGUGUACAUAUCGUUUCAGACAUCAAAUAUUGUCCAUGCCUUAGAAUUACUGUAGCAUUUUCUUUUAGUCUUAAAAAAUGAUUAUUCAUAUGUCGCCUGUACAGUACGUUAUCCUCUGCGAAACACUGUGGUCUCCUUAAUCUUGGUAGUGCCUGCCUCUCCAACAGGGUGUAGGGGAUAUUGUUUUGGUUCCCGUUUUCUAUUUUUUUAAAAAACAUUCAUUUUAAUCCUCCCAGGCCUCAAAAUUUUGACAUGAUCAUUUCUAUCCGUAUGAGAUAUAUUGUGACGCACAGUAUUUUUUCGUAAAAAAAAAAGAACAUUUCCCUCCGCGCGCCAGGCCAGCCGGCCCCGGGACACACGGACGUUUGUGACCUCUGUGUUUGGAUAUUGCUGUGUGUCGCGGCCUUCCGGAGGCCACUAGAGCAGAUUUUUUUGUACCUGAGUCAGAGUACUUGAAGUUAUUUUAUUUAAAGAUAUCGUGGAAGAAGGUAGCAUUCUUUUUGUAGGAGUAUUAUUUUUCACUAGUGUGUGUGGCACGGAUCUAAUAAAAGGAUGUUUUUCAACCCAGUA